AUGUGUACCUGCAUGAUGAAAGUCAAUUACUCUCUUUACCUGGUGACAGAUAACACAACUGCUAUACUGGGGGACCGAGACCUUUGCUGGGUGGUUGAAGAAGCCGUCAAGGGAGGUGUUACUGUAGUGCAGCUUCGUGAUAAGACCAGUGAGACAGCGGGGCUGAUCCGGAUUGCCAAAAGGCUGCAUAAUAUCACUAAAGGACAUGAUGUGCCUCUGUUGAUAAACGACCGCGUCGAUGUAGCCUUCGCUGCCGGUGCCGAAGGUGUACACUUGGGCCAGGAUGAUAUGGAUAUCGAAACAGCGCGGAAGCUGCUCGGUCCCAAUGCAAUCAUCGGUGUUACUGCGUCCUCACGAGAGGAAGCGAGGCAAGCCGUGGAGGGUGGAGCGGAUUACCUGGGUAUAGGGACACUUUUUACCACUCCCACUAAAGAGAACACCAAGUUCAUUAUCGGAACUUCAGGCACACGCGAUAUUCUUGAUUCAUUAGCCUCCUUGGAACAGCAAGUCAGCACAGUGUGCAUUGGUGGUAUCAAUGCAACUAACGCCCAGCGGGUGCUUUACCAAUCACGCUCGCCAUCUAAAGGUCUUGAUGGGAUUGCUGUCGUAAGUGCUAUCAUGGCAGCGCCAGAUCCAAGGAAGGCUGCCCAAGACCUGCGCGAGCUUGUAAUGAGGCCUCCGCGAUUCGCCGCUGAGAGCGAUGAUAAGAGAACGCAUGCAGUCGACGAGAUUCUCAGCAAGGUGCCCGAGAUUGUUGCAAAAGUCGGCGCGCAGGCACCCCUUUGCCACAACAUGACGAACUUGGUUGUCCAGAACUUUGCUGCAAACGUGGCCUUAUGCAUCGGUGCAAGUCCCAUCAUGGCCAAUAAUGGCGACGAAGCAGAAGACCUCUGCCAGCUAGGUGGAGCUCUGGUUAUCAAUAUGGGUACCGUAACCCCAGACGGACUGCAGAACUAUUUAAAAGCACUCCGCUCUUACAACGCUGUCGGUGGCCCGGUCUUAUUCGACCCUGUCGGAGCCGGCGCCACAAAGCAGCGCCGCGAAGCAGUCAAGAGUUUGAUGGCCGGCGGCUGGUUCGACCUGAUCAAGGGUAACGAAGGCGAGAUCAAGACUGUGUCCGGCGCAAGCGGCGUCCAACAACGCGGCGUCGACAGCGGAGCCAGCACGCUCAGCCUGCAGGAAAAAGCUACUCUGGUCGCGCGGACAGCUGCUCGCGAGCGGAACAUCAUCCUGAUGACCGGCAAAACUGAUCUUAUCAGCGACGGGAGCCGAACAUUCGCCAUCAACAACGGACAUGAGUACCUAGGAGAGAUCACGGGCAGUGGAUGCACGCUCGGCACGACUGUCGCUGCUUUCAUGGCUGUCCACCGGGGGGACAAGCUCCUCGCAGCUAUCGCCGGUAUAUUCAUGUACGAGAUCGCAGCGGAACAAGCCGCGAAACGUGAUGAUGUGCGCGGUCCAGGAACCUUUGUCCCAGCGUUUUUGGACGAAAUAUCGGCAAUCAAGAAGCAAACAAGCAAUGGUCAGACAGGGUGGCUCUCUGCAGCCAAUAUAGAGAGAGUCAACUUAUGA